AUGGUAGAUAAUGACACCCAGUUUGAUAGAAAGUUGAUCAAGAAGUUUUGUGCGAAAUACAAGAUCAAGAACUACUAUUCAACUCCUAGCUUUCCACAAUGUAACGGCCAAGCUGAGGCCUCGAACAAAACCAUCCUGGAUGGAAUAAAGAAGAGAUUGGAAACUGACAAGGGCAAGUGGGUUGAGGAGUUGCCUAAUGGUCUAUGCGCAUAUCGUACAACACCAAGAAGAUCAACUGGAGUGUCACCUUUUGUCAUGGCUUAUGGGUCUGAGACCGUUAUACCACUGAAAAUCGACAUUCAUGGAGUCAGAACUCAGGCAGCAGAAAAUGAAACAAGCAAAGCAUUUUUAGUGAAAUCUGGACUUGAUCAAAGAAAGAAGGGAGCGAGCAGCAAUUCGGCUGGGGGCAUACUAGCAAAGUUAGCGGAGAUAAGAUAUGAGACGUUGUACUUAGAAGAAUUCAUGGGAAGUAAGGUGUGGAAGACAUUGAAGAAAAGCAUACAUUCAACACUUAGACAAAAACAAGCUUGCAUUCAUGAAAGUGAAGAUGUUCAGUUAUAA